CUCCGGGUGACGUCACGGGCCUUGAACUUGACAGGAAGGAGGAGGAGGAGGCGACAUCUUGGUCUCUGGGGGGGGAAGUAAACAAACCGUCUGGAAGGCAGUGCAGCCAUGGGUGGCGUUCUGGGACUGUGCUCUGUGGCCAGCUGGAUUCCUUGUCUGUGCAGCAGUGCUGCCUGUGUCGUUUGCAGAUGCUGCCCAAGCACCGGCAAUUCUACUGUGACGCGUCUUGUGUACGCUUUCCUGAUGCUGCUUGGGGCUGUCCUCUCCUGCGUGAUGCUCGCACCAGGAAUAUCGGACCAGCUGAAAAAGGUGCCUGGAUUUUGCGAAGAAAGCUUUGGCUCUGAGAUCUUGCAUAGAAAUGGCUAUGUGGACUGCAAUAUGUUAGUUGGAUACAAAGCUGUCUAUCGUGUGGGCUUCGCUAUGAGCGUGUUUUUCUUUUUGUUCAGCCUGCUGAUGUUUAAUGUGAAAACUAGCAGAGAUCCAAGAGCCGCCAUACACAAUGGAUUCUGGUUCUUCAAAAUAUUGAUAAUCGUUGGAAUUAUGGUUGGGGCUUUCUACAUUCCAGAAGGGUCGUUUACAAGAGUGUGGUUUGGGGUUGGCAUCGGCGGAGCCUGCUCGUUCAUCGUUAUACAGUUGGUGCUGCUGAAUGAUUUUGCACAUUCGUUAAAUGAAAGAUGGGUCCAGCGUAUGGAGGAGGGAAACUCAAAGUGCUGGUAUGCAGUGUUGCUCUCUGUUACUGGAUUUCUCUACACUGUGGCCGCGAUCGGUGUGGUCCUUUUCUAUGUGUUCUACACAAAAUCAGAUGGAUGCACAGAAAACAAAUUCUUCAUCAGUUUUAACCUGAUACUGUGUGUCAUUUUAUCUGUGAUUUCCAUCCUCCCUAAAAUUCAGGAUGCAAAUCCAAAUUCUGGUCUUCUUCAGUCGUCAAUGAUCACCCUGUACACCGUAUACCUGACCUGGUCUGCAAUGUCCAACGAACCUGAUCGAAGUUGUAACCCAAGUUUACUGAGCAUCAUUUCCUCUGUAUCCUCUCCAACGCACAACACAGCAAAUGGAACCAUGGUACCUGCCACAGUUGAACCACCUAAGUCCUUGCAGUGGUGGGAUACCCAGAAUAUUAUCGGGCUUGUACUCUUUGUGUUUUGUCUGCUGUAUUCCAGUAUCCGUAACUCCUCCCACAGCCAAGUCAAUAAGCUUACUCUCUCUGGACAUGACAGCGUCAUGCUCGAUGACACUACUGGAAGCAACGUUGGACUGGAGGAUGGGGAGGUCCGUCGCGUUGAGGACAAUGAAAAAGAUGGCGUUCAGUACAGCUAUUCUUUUUAUCAUGCCUUGUUGUGCUUUGCAUCUCUUUAUGUAAUGAUGACUCUCACUAACUGGUACAGCCCGGAUGCGGAUCUUAAAACCAUAACUAGCAAGUGGCCCGCUGUUUGGGUAAAGAUGGUUUCCAGCUGGGUGUGUCUGCUGCUGUAUCUCUGGACCAUGAUAGCGCCCCUUAUCCUCACCAAUCGAGACUUCAGUUAAAUUUAGCCAACGAAGAGCAAAAUAAACUUUUGCUGGUAUAGGCUUACACCCACACAAACAAAACACGUUGGGUUUCACUGUAAGAAAUGUUUUUUAUUUGGGGGUCAUUUCACAAACAACUGGUUUGCCAAGUUAGGAGGGGAAAGGAUUCCUCCUUUUGUUUUUGCUACAGUUUUUGAAGUCUGAUCGCUAGACACUAAUCACGGUUUAGUGAAUUGACCCCCUUAAUCAAGCUUUAUAUUAUGUAUUCUGCUGCUUUAUUUGCUACUGCUGAUCUGCCUGAUAUAUGGUAUCAAAGAAACUUUUAAUCUAGUAUUAAAUGGAUGUCAGAUUUUCUAUACGUUCUAUUUAUGUGGCACUACUUACUGUAAUUGAUGGUGUUUAAAAUAUACAGUAAUUGUUUUUGUAAGCUGUUCUACUAAUGUUUGAAGAGAUGUUUUUUUAUUCUGUGUUUUGUGGCAAUUGGGUUUACAAUCUUUGUCAUGAUGGCAGUUGUGUAUAAGACAAUUGGAGUGCCAAAGAUUGCCCCCUGCCCUUUGGACCAGAUCAUAUUGUGUAAUGCAGGACAUUGCAACAAUUGUGGACAUUGACCAAGUCCAACAGGAUUAUUAACGAAAGUGAGAAUUUCCAGGAAUUUCACAGGUAAAACCAAAAUAGUCAGACUGAAAAUAGAAUUUACAUGGAGUAUUUCUCUCAUUUAUUUCGGCGUAUCUUGAAAUUCACUUUGAUUUAUCACUUUAGCAAAUACCCCUUUUAAUUUUUAACAAUGAAAUUGUCAUCGAUCUCUGCUGCCAGUCUGUUUAUUGGUUGUGGAAUAUAAUGUCCAAAGAAUGUGCUGAUGUACAUCAUUAAAGGGCACCCAUCAUCGAAACUAACCUACACAACCAUGCUUAUAGUCCUGCCAACACAACCUGAAAUACGCCAAUUGCAUAAUACAAAUGUAGACUUACAGCAAUUCUCGUGGUUCAUUUUCAGAUGUUAGGGUGCCAAAGGUAAGGCAUUCAUUUUAUUUGAAAAUGUCCACUUUAUAGUAUGUCAAAUUUCAUUUCUACAUUCCAAUAAGCAGCGGAAUAUGAGCCAUAAAAUAUUAAAGCACUAUCACCUAUUACUGAAGUGAGUGCUUCUCAUCCAUUGGUUUUUCUCCCCAUUUUUAACCAGUCCUUGCAGGAACGUCUGGUUGGAUCUACACCACUCAAAAGGAACACUAUCUAGUCACUGGAACCAUUACAGCUUAAAGUAGUGGUUCCGGUUUAUACAGCCUGUCCUUGCAGCCUCAUCACUGUAAACUUUGCCUUUUCAGAGAAAUGCAGUGUUUACAUUACUGCCUAGUAACACCUCUGAGACCGCCACUAGAAGUGCUUCUACGUUCCGUGUCUCCAUUUGAAAACAAUAAUAUCUUCAUUCUUUUUAAGGCAUUUAUGAAAGUUGGUUAACUCUAAUUUAAGACUUUGAUUAUUACACUUGGAUUUUUGGCAUCAGAAGAUAAAAAUAACCUAUUUUCAAUUCAAUCUUUCUAAACCUUUCCCUAGGCACCUAGUGCCAUGUUCCAAA